ACAUCUUCUUUCUCAGGAUUUGGAAUCCUAUCAAUCCCAUACGCUCUAGCCCAAGGGGGUUGGUUAAGCCUAAUCCUUCUUUUUCUCCUAGCUGCUCUCUGUUUCUACACCGGCCUUCUUCUUCAACGAUGCAUGGACUCAAACUCCCUUGUCAGAACUUACCCAGACAUUGGAGAGCUGGCUUUCGGCCUUAAAGGAAGAAUGGUAAUAGCUUUAUUCAUGUACCUCGAGCUCUACUUCGUCGCCAUUGAAUUCCUCAUACUCGAAGGAGACAACUUGGAGAAACUAUUUCCAGAAGCGAGAUUUCACAUUGGAGGACUGAAAGUUGGAGGAAAACAGGGUUUUGUGAUAUUGUCUGCAAUGCUGAUAUUGCCAACUACAUGGUUGAGGAAUUUGGGAGUGCUUGCUUAUGUGUCGGUGGGGGGAGUAAUGGCUUCUCUUAUAUUGGUUUUCUCUGUUAUGUGGGUGGGAGGAGUUGGGGGAGUUGGGUUUCAUGAAAGGGGGAGUGUGAUGAAGUGGAGUGGAAUUCCUACUGCGUUGAGCUUAUUUGCUUUCUGUUACAGUGGACAUUCAGUCUAUCCUACAAUAUAUGCAUCAAUGGCGGAUAAAACCAAGUUCUCUCGC